AUGGAGAACCAGUUUCCAUUGCCUGGCUUCAACGUGUCCAAAUGGAAUUCAGUUGAAUCAACACCAACGAAACCGAAUGAUACGCAGGUCUUUGUGCAGAAGGAUAGUGCUAUUAUCGGAGUGAAUAAGGAGCAACAAUUGGAAGUGACGACUCGCACGGUCGUUGGAAGGCACUGUUGGGUUCUGGAACCGCAUAAAACUGAGCGUAAGGAGUGGCGUAACGUGAAUGCAUGGCUACAGAAAGAAGCACAGCGCGGACGUCGUGCAGGAAGAGAUUCUGUUGGCAUUCUUGGCGCGAUGGAUGAUCCAUUUGAUGCGCUGCCACGUCAGAGUAAUGUCGUGCCUAGCAAAGCGCCACCGGAAUGGAUGGCAAUCGUGGAGGAUAGCCGACGACAACCGCAACCUUUGAAACCGCUACCACCGUCUGCUGCGAAAUCUGCGCCGUCUCGACUACAUGAAUGGCGAUCCGUUGCUGCUAGUCUUGGUUUCGUGCCAAAUGUCUCAGAAGUGCCUUUGAACUUCUCGCGUGAUCUGAAGCAUCUGGAUCAGACGUGUGCGAGAGAAGUGCAUAAGGUUGCCGUAAUCUACGUGGCAGAUGGCCAAGAAGACAAGCAGUCGAUCCUUUCGAAUACCACUGCAUCACCAUGUUUCGAACGAUUCGUUGCCGUAAUCUACGUGGCAGAUGGCCAAGAAGACAAGCAGUCGAUCCUUUCGAAUACCACUGCAUCACCAUGUUUCGAACGAUUCGUUAGUGAACUUGGUUGGCAGGUUCGCAUAGGAAGAGGCCAUGAGGGCUAUCCAGGCGGUUUACCGUAUGACACCGAAGCACCGUACUAUGCGGCACCAGACACAGAGCUCAUUUUCCAUGUCAGCACUCAUCUAACAGGAGAUGCGACACAGAAAUGGAAGCAUAUUGGAAAUGACGAGGUUCAUGUGGUCUGGUCAGAACACUCGAAACCAUAUCGACGAGAGACGAUUGCAACAAAGUUCUGUGACGUUCUAAUCGUUUUAGAGAGGGCUGACGCCAAGAUGUAUCGCGUUCGAGUUGAGACGGUAAGCGCGUUGGAGUUUGGUCCACUUUAUGAUGGCGCUAUAGUUGGUAGCGAAGAGCUGGCCGAGCUGGUUCGACUCACAGUGGUACGUAUUUGGGGCAUUUUUUGUUUUCUUCACCCUUAUCCCUAUCUGUAUACUUCACGUAUUAAUUUUUUUAGAUAA